AUGUCUCAGCACCAGCACCAGCUCGACGCCAAAGUCGCUGCCAUUGUCGACAGGCAACGCGCCGACUCUGACGACGAGGAUGCCCUGAUCGCCGAGCUCGAGGAGGACGACAGCCUCGAUGCCUUCCGCGAACAACGCCUGCAGCAGCUGCACGCCGAAUACUCGCGCGCAAAGCAGAUGCGCAACUCGGAGCAUGGCACCUACUCGGAGAUCCAGGACGAAAAGGCCUUGAUGGACAUUACCACUUCCACGAAGCUGGUCGUCGUCCACUUCUUCAAGCCCGACUUCAACCGCUGCCGCAUCAUGGACACGCACCUCGAGACGCUUGCCCCCAAGCACUUCGACACGCGCUUCCUCCGCAUCAACGUCGACAACUGCCCCUUCCUCGUCACCAAGCUCAAGGUCCAGGUGCUGCCGUGCGUCAUGGCCUGGGUCGACGGCCUCAGCGCCGACCGCAUCGUCGGCUUCGAGGGCAUCGGCUACAGCGCCGACAACUUCCGCACCAACGAGCUCGAGGCCCGCCUCCUCCGCUCCGGUGUGCUCACCCGCGCAAAGGUGAAUGAGGGCGAGACGGCCCCGCUCCGCCGCGCACCUGUACAGCAGCAGGAAGACUCGGACGACGACUGGGAUUGA